GCCGGCAGCGGGGCCUCUUCGCCGCGCCGCUGCACGACUCCCUGCCGCCCGUGCUCACCUCCUGCGUGCGCGUCAUCGCCACCUACGGUCUGCGGCACCAGGGCGUGUUCCGCGUGUCGGGCUCGCAGGUGGAGAUGGCGGCGCUGCGGGCGGCCUUCGAGCGCGGCGGCGACCCGCUGGCCGGCGUGCGCGACGCCUCCGACAUCAACUCGGUGUGCGGCCUGCUCAAGUUGUACCUGCGCUCGCUGCGCCCCCCGCUGCUGCCCGCCGCGCUGCACGACCGCCUGCUGGCGCUCGCCGCCGCGCCCGACGACCCCGCCUUCGUGCGCCGGCUGCGCGCCGCGCUCGCCCACCUGCCCCUGCCCUCGCUGCUGCUGCUGCGCUACCUGUUCGCCUUCCUCGCCCAUCUGGCCGAGCACAGCGAGCACAACAUGAUGGACGCGUGGAACCUGGCCAUCUGCCUGGGGCCCACGCUGCUGGCCGCGUGGGGCGAGGGCGGCGCGCAGGUGACGGCGCAGAACCUGGUCAACGAGCUGGUGAAGCGCAUCAUCCUGCACCACAAGGAGCUGUUCCCGCAGGACGUGGCGCCGCACACGCUCUACCGCCGCCCCGGGUCAGCCGCCUCCUCCUUCCAACCCCUCCCUUACAGAACCCCUCCUAACAUAGAUAAUAAAUAAAUCACUUCAAUUUUCAUAUUUAUCAUUAUUCCUUACAAACAUUUUCUGAUGCCAUGAAGUUUUCCACUGCUGCCCGAUUCUUCUUUUCCGAUUUACAUAUUAUAUUUAUAUUACUUAUUCUUCGAAGCGAUUGGUACAGUUUGAGAUCAGCGACAUCUUCACACACACACACACACACA